UCCGGAAAGACUCGGUGACCCGGAAGUAAUGUAAGCUAAAGUGAAAAGCUAACACGCUAGCUUCCUUUCGUGUGUUUCCCCCCUACAGAGGGCCGCGAGAGUUUGUCUGUGUGGAAACAGGUUUUAAAUGAAUCUUUAUUCACUGUUUCAGGAUCCUUCACAUUAAACUCGUCACAGGAAGCUCCCACGGUCACACCAAGCUAGCUUAGCUUGUUAGCUUGAAAAGGACGAAGACAGAACACGAGGCUAAAAUAUUAGCAGCUAGCUAGCUAACGGGUGGCAGAAAUCAAGAGUUUAAAAUGUCUAAAGUCCAAAUAAUGAGAGAGUUAGUGAACCAGAGACUGACUGCAGCUGCUGAAGAGAUCUUUGAGCUGUUUGAAAGAACCAUAGCAGAGUACGAGGAGCAACUUAGAGGAUCUAAAGAGGAGCAACACAAACUACUGAACCCGGAAGUCCUCUCACACAGAGCAGAUAACCAGCAGCUGUUGGAGAGGAAAGAAGAGGUUCCCCCUGAGCAGCAAGAGGAGGACCCACCAGGACCACCACACAUUAAAGAGGAACAGGAGGAACUGUGGAUCAGUCAGGAGGGGGACCAGCUUCAGGGACUGGAGGAGGAGGAUAUCAGAGCAGUGACAUUCAACCCUGUUCCUGUGAAGAGUGAAGAAGAUAACCAGCAGCUGUUGGAGAAGAAAGAAGAGGUUCCCCCUGAGCAGCAAGAGGAGGACCCACCAGAACCACCACACAUUAAAAAGGAACAGGAGGAACUGUGGAUCAGUCAGGAGGGGGACCAGCUUCAGGGACUGAAGGAGGAGGAUAUCAGAGCAGGGACAUUCAACCCUGUUCCUGUGAAGAGUGAAGAAGGUAGAAAUCCAACUGAAGAGAACAGAGACACAGAGGCUGGUGGAGAGGACUGUGGAGGAUCAGAACCAGAUGGGAACUUUAAUCCAGACAGUCAGUUACAAUCUGACACUGAUGACAGUUGGGAUUGGGAGGGGCCCGGGGAUCUGAGGUCACGCUUAAACCAAGAAGAAGCUCUAAGUGAUGCUGAGUUUAAAACAUCACUGAGCACCUCUGAAUGUGCGGCAAGCUCUGACCAACAGGAACAACAACAACAACAACAAGACAAGGGAACCCAAACAGAAGAGAAACCAUUCAGCUGCCACAUGUGUGACAAGCGAUACUCGAGUAAGCAAUGUUUACAAAGACACAUGAUGCGUCACUCCACGAAAAAAGGUCUCACCUGCUCGGUUUGUGAUCGAGGUUUCAACGGGAGAGCAGAGUACGUGAGACACAUGAGGACGCACACGGGAGAGAAACCCUUCGGCUGCUCCGUCUGUGGGAAAAGAUUCACGAACCGUGCAACUCUGAGCAGACACUCUGUCGUCCACUCGGGAGAGAAACCGUACAGCUGCAAUGUUUGUGAUCGGAGAUUCGGACAUCCUCAAUAUGUCAAACUACAUAAGUGUGUUAGAAAGAGCAGUGGAAAAUAAUGAGACCCUCAGAUUAAGAGCGAAGUCCAACAUCUGCUGUUUAUAUUGUAAUUUGAAAAGUAAAUGAGUGAACUUCA